CGAUCGCAAAAAAAAAAAAACUCAAAAACAAAAAAUCUGUUGACUCUCCCUCUCCGCUUCCCGCUAGAAAGUUGUUUACGUGCCCCGUCGUCAAAGGGUUAAACGGAAAACAAACAAAAAGCCAAGUGCAAGUGUUGAGUGUUGUGCAGCGCUCAAAUGUUGCGCCAAGUGUAAACAACAAACAGCAGUUACCAUUAAGGGAUUAGCUGAUUAACACUGACCAAUAAAAGAAGCAAAAAAAAGAAAAGAAAAAACAAAAAAGAAAAGGCCGCCAAGAUAGCCGAACUAAUCGCCGCCUCGCCGCCCGCACAAUCAACGCGCGUAUUUAUGACUAAAAUGAUUCCGCCGGUACCCACCUCAGCCGUCAUGUUGCCCACGCCCAAGCAGAAGAUCGGCUUCAGCAUCGACUCGAUUGUUGGCAACGAUGCCACAACGACGACGACGACGGCGACGGUGACGGUGACUGCCUCUGGAGGCAAUCCCGAUCAGCAGCCGGGCAGCCCUCAGCCGGAACGCAAUGGUCCCGGUUCCCCACCACAGACACCGCCAGCUGCGAUUACGUUGCUAUCAACGACGCCGACGCCACCGCAUCAUUUAAUGGCGCCACCAACACAUCAUGCCACUCACGUUAUGCCGUCGCACAUGGCACCGCAUCCACACCCACAUCAACAUCCGCAUCUCUCGCCAGCCCAGCAGCAUGCACUGCAUCAGCAUCUGCUGCUGCAGCAACAGCAUCAUCAGCAGGUCACACCAAAGUCACAUCAUGAUAUCCAGGAGCUGUUGCAGCGUCUGCAUCACAAUGCCGCCGUCGCCAACAGCCUCAGUCCGCUGCAGACCCGCCUCUCCCCGCUUGGCGGCGAACCUGUUGCUGUUUCCCUGAAACGCGAACGUUCCCCCGCCCCACCCGGCUCGGAGCAGACUGACAAUCCGGCUCAGCGCAUUCAGCCGCCACAUACGCCACCCAAAUCCGUCUCACCGCAAUCUUCGCAGCCCUCCUCAUCACCCACUUUGCUGGUCAGCAGUCCGCACAAUACACCACCCCAGCAACAGCAACAGCAGCAGCAACAGACACCCAGCUACCCAAAGCCUCCGGGAAUGCAUCCUGGUGCUGGUCCAGCCAAUGGUCACAGUCCCCUUAUGAUGCCGGGCAUGCCACCCGCCGGACUGGUACGUCCCUUUCCCAUGGGCCCAGGCGGUCCGCCGCAGCACCAAGGACAACCAGGCAUGCCGGACAUCAAGGCGCUGCCGCCGUACAUCAAUACGCCGCCAGAGCUGCCGCCGCAGCACAAUCCGCAUCUAAUUGCCGCCGCCCAAUUCCAAAUGGCUGCCGCCCUGCAGGCCGGUCAUGUACUGGGACCAGCAGCAGCAGCCGCUGCAGCGGCUGGUCUGCCUCCACAUGCGGCUGCCUCCUUUAUGGGCAGCCCGGGCAUGCCACGCGACAGUUAUCCGCUCUAUCCAUGGCUGCUCAGUCGCCACGGACGCAUCUUUCCGCACCGCUUUCCAGGAAACUUCCUUUUGCAACCGUUUCGCAAGCCGAAGCGCAUUCGCACCGCAUUCUCGCCGUCGCAGCUGCUGAAGCUGGAGCACGCCUUCGAGAGCAAUCAAUAUGUGGUCGGUGCGGAGCGGAAGGCGCUCGCCCAGUCGCUCAAUCUGUCGGAGACACAGGUGAAGGUCUGGUUCCAGAAUCGGCGCACCAAACACAAACGCAUGCAACAGGAAGACGAAAAGGGGGGCGGUUCCGGCUCUGAGCGCCACAUGCACAACGGCAGCGGUGAUGAGGAUGAUGAUGAGCUCAUCGAUAUGGAAAUGGAUGAGUGUGCCAGCGAUGAUGAGCAUGACCUCGAUGCGAGUCAUUAAUUUGGACUGCCUCCUCGCCUGCCUGCCUCGCAAUCUCUGCGCAUCUCCAUCCGUGAGUUCCUUACUAAAAAAAAGCGCCAAAAUUGCCGAGCAUUGUGUAUGUGUAUGCGUGUGUAUCUGUGUGUGUGUGUGUGCGUGUGUUUG